CCCGGGUUCCAGCAAUGGCGGCCCCCAUGGGGUGGGUUCCUGUGCUGCUGCUUCAAUGUCGCGGGUGGCGCUUUCUCCGCCGAGCUGGAGCAAAGCUAAGGGACGCCGAGGUCCGCUUUAACUCCACAGAGGCCGCAGCAGCUGCAUUGAGCGAGCCUCAAGUCCCCGAUAAAGAGGUGGCGACGGAUAGUACAAUUAGCCACAGAAAGAAGACAUUUAGUGAAGUACUAGCGGAAAGACAAGAAGAAGCACAGAGGACAGUGUUAAUUAACUGCCCAUCCAGUAUCAAUGAGAAAAAAAUGCUCAAAUUUUUAUCAUCUCACGGAAACAUCAAGAAUCACUUCUUUUAUGAAACCUGUGGUACAUACGCAGUCAUAGAGUUUUCUGAGAAGGGAAGUAUAGCUUCGCUACAGAAUGCCACAGGGAUUCCAGAGUUUGUGGAAGAGUGUCCUGUUCCAUUCAAAUCUCGGAUUUUUACGUUGACGCCAAAAGAUCUGCGUAGCCAAGCUUCUGCACUGAGGUCGAUUUCCUGUCAUAAACAAACUCCAAUUCCAGAUGGAGAGCUGGUAAAGAAACUUUGUAGUGCUGACAGUGUGAGUGGCCAGUUGCAUAUGCUCACAGAGAACUAUCAGCUGACAGAAGAAAACACUAAACUCCGGUUUCUGGCUUGUUCUUUAAUUCAAGACAUUGCAGGUGUUUAUUUUCCGGGCUGCACUGUGAAGCCCUUCGGCUCUUCUGUGAACACUUUUGGAAGAAGGAGGCCCAGGUGCCCUCCGUCUUGCAGUGGCAGUGAUAAGACACUUGGUUGUGGUUGCCUCCCUUGGUUGACGUCCAGAAGUACAGUGCCCCUCAUUGGUCAACUGCAGAAAACAGGUCCCUUUAAAAUAGAAUACCAAACAAAGCGAGUGCCUUCUCAGCGGAUAGCAACACAGAGGAUCCUUUAUGUGAUUGGUGAAUUUAUCGAUAACUUCGGCCCUGGGUGUGUUAAUGUGCAAAAGAUCCUGAAUGCUCGCUGUCCAUUGGUAAGAUUCGCCCAUCAGCCAUCAGGACUGCAGUGUGACUUGACAGCUAACAAUAGGAUUGCCAUGAGAAGUUCGGAACUCCUUUAUAUCUAUGGCAACCUUGACCCACGUGUAAAAGCACUUGUCUUCGGUGUGCGGUGCUGGGCACGGGCCCACAACAUCACAAGCAGCAUUCCUGGAAGUUGGAUUACCAAUUUCUCUCUCACAAUGAUGGUUUUGUUUUUUCUACAAAAGAGAAACCCUCCCAUCGUGCCAACCUUGGAUCAGCUAAAGGCACUGGCUGACACAGAAGAUAAGCACGUAAUUGAAGGUUUUGACUGUACCUUUGUUAGUGACUUGAACAAAAUUAAGCCCACACGAAACACAGAGACACUGGAUGAUCUGCUAGCUGAUUUAUUUGAAUUCUUUGGGAAUUUCGCUUUUAAUAAGUAUUCGCUGAAUAUCCGCAAGGGGAAAGAGCAAAACAAGCCUGAAGCAUCUUCUCUCCAUAUACAGAAUCCCUUUGAACAAAACCUUAAUAUCAGCAAGAAUGUAAAUGUAAAGCAGCUUGAAAAAUUUGUCGCUUUGGCCAGAGAGAGUGCCUGGCUUUUGCAGCAGGCGGGAAAGGACCCUUCGUCAAGCCAUUCUCAGCCCUGGGGGCUGGCAGCCCUACUCAGUUCCUCAGUUACUAAUGCCAGAAGGGGAACACAACAGAAGGGAAAAACCAGUGAGAGAAUCAGAGGCUUGCUGGACUCUUUGAAGAUUAGUGACAUCAUUCAGAAAAGGUCCUUCGGCACUCAGGUGCGGUAGUCGCUGCAGCAUCCUCAAAACCCACAGCAGCUGUGCCUGGCUACUGCCUGAGUAGCAAAGUAGUGCAGCCGCCUCCUCUUUUACAACAAGGCAGGCCAGUACAUUUAACGUACUGCUAAUUUUGAAUUUUCCCGCAGCUCUUGGGAUCAGAAAUAUCCAGAUGUCUCAAUAAAUGUAUACUUGACAUAAGUCAGAAAGGAAUAUAAAAUGGCUCUAACAAAGAAAAGAAACUAGGAAUAUUAAAGGGGAACGAACAGGUGAAAAAAAUCCUUCUGGGGAAGUCUUCUCACCAUGGACACCCUGAUGCACUGAAACUAUUUUAAUCUAAAUCCUCAUCUGCAUUAUUGUAGAUUCUUUUCUGCACUCAUAAAGUAAUGCAAGGUGAAAUAAAUGGAUUAAAGUGGAGUAGUUUCUUGUACUGCUAUUGUGGAACUUCUUGGGAGUUUACUUUGUGCAAGAAAUUGUUUCUCUAAUUUGAGAAUGAGCGCAAUUAUUGCAGGUAGCAUUUUAAUUUCUGCUGUGAUUCUUCAAGGAAGAUAUGUGCCUUUUUAAACAGUAAUAACAACAUGCUGAUUGUGUUGCACUUGUAUUUUGGGAUCACAAUUUAAUUAUACUUUAUAAAAAAUGGGGGAAAUUUGAAAUAAUAUGGUGACAGAAUGGAUUGCUGACAUUUAAUUACCUGCAAUUUGUAUCACUUCAGAGCCUUUAAUGCUGGUUAUGACUGAGUUUGCUGUGCAACUGCAUGUUCAAGUCAUUGUAAUUCAGGAGCUCCUUACAGGUGGGGGAACCCACCCUGCAACACACAUCACUAGCCCUGCAAACGAAAGACUUUCUCCCUGGAUUUCAAUGGUACAGGCCAGAGCAAUUAUCAAGUCUAUAUUGCUUCAUUUAUUUGGCAUGUUUGUACUUUUGUGUUUUUGGCUUCAUGUUUUUGCACAUGGCCUACAAACCCCAGCUCAGUGCCAUCCUUAUCUCACUAGAUUUCCGACCCUGGCUCCCCAGUGCUGCAUUUCUUUUUGUUUGCAGACUUGUCUCAAUUUUUUAAGCAGAAAACUUUAGCAGGGCAACUGAAAGGCUUGGUUUGUUUGUGCCAGCCAACCUGAAAUAAAUGGAUGGUGAAUAGCCUUUCAGACUCUAGUAGGCAGCUUGUCUAAUGAAUGCUUUGAAAAAUAUUUAGUGUGAAAUAGUAUGGAAAAUGUGUUGAUGCUCUUUUUCUAAAACAAGUGCCCGUAUUGCUUUGCACAAGUCAAAAGCCACAGAUGUUGCAGCAGUAAACAAAACAGCACAUGGUAACAUGGGUCUAACAUGUGAUGCUGUCCAUGUGGCAUUUGUGUGCUUAAUUUCAAAGAAAUCCUGCUCUGUUUCCCAAUCUUCUCCAUUAUUUUAUUUAUUUAUGACUUCAGUUUAUAUGCCACAACCAUAGUCCAUGAGUGGGCUCCCUGUAUGGCUUACAACAGGUACAUAGGUCCUGUCAGGUGGUCUUCUGCUCUCCCUGUGCAGAGAUCAACCUGGGUCCUUCCAGAUGUCGUUGUGCUCUAGCUUCCAUCAGCUCCAGCUAGCAUGGCCCAUGUCACUGAGGAUGGGAACUGUAGUCCAAAUAGCUGGAAUGGCUUGGGUAGGAGGAUGGUGCUUUAGAGCAACAGAAGCUGGAGGGAGAGGAGUUUGGUCCAGUUGACUCCUUGCCACUUCAGGAUAGCUUUGCCAGGCCGCUUCCACUGGUGGUCAGCUUGCUGUUUCUGCAAACCUCCCAGGAGGCUAUCAAGACCACCAUCUUCUCUUGACAUCUGCUUUUUCCACUCCAGCAACUGCUUUUCAGAUGGGGAGGCAAAUGUAUGCAGGAUCACCCUAAUCCUGUUUUAAAGCCAGUAAGUCUGGCUAUUUUAUGCUAAUGAAUAACCAAAAGGAUGUGGGCUGUUAGAUUUCACUGAGUAACCAUUCUGAUCUUCUUGGCCUCUCUUUCUCCAGCCAAGACACAGGUACAGCUUCACUGUAAACUUCAAGGAAAUGAAAAUCAUUUAAUACUGUUUGAAAGACGUGGCUAGUGUUCAAGAUUGCAGGCAGCAUCCUCAAACCAGCAAUCGUGUAAGACCGUCUUUUAAAGAAAUUCAGUUGAAAUGUACUUCAGGGGAAAUAGAGAAUAGGAGAUGUUUGAUACCUGAUAGCAGAAGGGUGUUGUGCUUCUGCAUGUACAAAAAGGAAUUUUGCAUGGUUAUGUGUGUCUCAUUUGUCUCACUAGAUUAUCUUGUCCUCCUUGGAGUUAACUAGCACAGAUGUUGCUCGCACCCCAGACUUUCAUUACAGCUGUCCAAGCCCCAGUAGAAGCUAUUGUGCCUUUUAACAAACUUUAUACUUAAGGGCCAUCUCACAUGCGUUUAGCUUCCUCACACAUUCAAACCAUUAUGGAUUGCACUUGUAACAACCAGUUUUCACCUUCUGCGAGUAAUCAAGAGCGCUAUUGCUGUCAAAUUUUGUGUAAACCAGCCCUAAGAAACUCCAUUCUCUCUCUCAGAGUGUAAUUCUUAAAAUCAGUUCAGGGCAGAUUCUUGGCUAUAUCAUUUGGUCCUUUUGGUUUUGUUUUCCCUGAAAAACCUGAGGUCAGUCUUCAAGCUCAUCUGCUUUACUGAUGAGCUUUGAGUGUGUGAUAAGAAAAUCUGCACUUACAGGAGUAGUAUCAUUCCACAAAAUACCAAUCCAUCUUCCAGCCAGAUGCUUGUAUUCCAGUUCUGUUUGGAAAUGAGCAUCUUAAAAUGCUAGAAACAGGGUAUAUUGCUAGGUACCUCUAGAUUUCACUUAAUACCUUGUUGAUUAGUGGAUGCAUGAGCUUGUUUUUCAUCAACAAAUCUGCAAAUCAACGAACAACAAAGUUGCACACCAUGAUGUUUUGAGUGUUUGUGUCCUGCAGUGACACAUGCCCUAAUAGAUGCCUUUAAUUUCUGCCUUAAAAUCCAAAGUUGCUUCAUGUUUUGAGAUCCAGAUCCUACAAUACUCUAGACACAAACAAAAUUGCCACCAAUAGUAUAUCCAGAUCGUAAGUGUUAUAGAUUUGAAAUGUUAAAUAUAUAUUAUAAAAAGAUUUUAAAAUAUGAACUCUUUUGGUAUAAAACACUAGCUUAGGUAUUAAAUCUGUGACAUACACUGGAUGUGCCAUUGAUGAUUAUUUUGUGGUGGUUUGCCCUUGGAGUACUGUAUUAUGUAUAUUGCAUUGCUUGCAUAUUGGUCAAUCCUAAAAUAUUCUACUUGCAAACCUAACUUUGAGGAUACCAAGUAGCUUCUCCAUGUUAGCAUUGGUAUUAGACAGUUCCAGCACAAGCUCACUUACCCAAAGCAGAGAACAGAAGCUGUCACUAAUUCAAGAUUAUUUUUAAAAUGGGAUUCUUAAAAGUGUUGGGAUCGAACAUAAAAAGUUGGCUGUCAGCAGACAUACAGCUGCCUGAAAUAAUGUUGGUCCUUUAUUUAUUUAUCGCCUUCAAAAGAAGCAAGGUGAUUUUUGUUAACAGAAGAAGAGAAAGAAGAUGACCUACGAACCUUCUGAGCUCAAAUUCUAAAUGAAGGCUCUCAAAGGUUGCAUCCUGGGAAAUGGCAAAUUUGAACUUUUCUUGACUUACCUAUGUGAGGAACAACUGAAAUAAAAGACAUCUAUCUAUG